CGAGAGAGUGAGUGAGGGGCAAAAAAAAAACAAAAAGAAAAAGAAAAGAAAAGAAACAUGGCGAGAGAUAUAAACAAAAACCAACAAUCACUGAAACAAAUGUAACUUGAGAUAUUAACAACAACCGUCCUGUAAAUGAGUUCUUCUGUGCUAGCUCCCGAUAUAACUGCAGUGUUCAGUGUUCAGUGAAGUUAGCCGACGUUAGCCGACCUGUCAGCCGGUGAAGAAGCCGCAGCAUGUCGGUGCACUUCGAGGAGAAGAGCGGGGUCGUCCCCUGCAAGACACCGUGGGGCUCCUGGUACCAGACCAUGGAGGAUGUCUUCAUCGAAGUCAGUGUGCCUCACGGGACGUCUGCGAAAGAGGUCAAGUGUCAUUUAGGAUCCAGAGACAUCGAGCUGCAUGUGAAAGGGGAGGAAAUAUUCAAGGGAAAGUUGUUUGACACAACGGUGUCUGACGAGGCUACGUGGACACUCGAGGACAAGUGUCUCAUCCGGAUCAUUCUGAUGAAGACCAACAGAGAGGCAGGGAACUGCUGGUCCUCCCUGCUGGAGGGGGAGUACUGUGCCAAUGCCUGGGUCCAGGACCAGAUGCAAAGAAAGCUCACUCUGGAGAGGUUCCAGCGAGAAAAUCCUGGAUUUGACUUCAGUGGUGCAGAGAUCUCUGGGAAUUUUGCUGGUGGUGGUCCGGACUUUUCCAGUUUACAGAAGUGACCCAUGCCAUGAUGUCAAAAAACCUGCUGCGUGCUUGAGAUGUCACCUCUGCCUAAUGAACACUACUGAGGACAUCCAUGACAUGCACGGGAACUGUGGCUUCACCAGAUCUCCUGUGACGAGAAGUCAAAAAUAUUUGCCUUCAGAACAACUCAAAUACUUGUUGACUUUAUUAUUCAACAAAGACUUUUCACAGCAGCUCUUUGGUCCGACUUCCCUUUGGUGUGAAGGACUUAUUUGGAAAGUUGCCAGGCUCAUUGUACAAGCAGAACAGUUGAUGGUAACUGUUCUGUCUGGUUUUAAGAAGCCUGUGAGAUGUGUUGUCUUUUAAUAAUGACAGGAAUGCAGCAAUAGCUUUUCAAUAAAGUUUUAUUGAAAGGUACAAGUGUAUAGGUUAACCAGAUGGUGUAUUCAAUUAGCCAGUUUGAAUUUGAGAACACAUUUUAUUUGUCACUAAAAGAAACAAACUAGACAGGGAAACUGGCAAAGAAAAUGCAAUACAAAUUCAAAUCCA